AAAAGGUCAGGUUCCUUUUUAAGAAGAUACAGUUCUUUGUGCUCUCACAGGAAAACGCACCACUACCGAGUGGUCAUGUUGUAGCUUACCACACUAGCUUUGAACGAAACUACAGAUCUAGGAAAACACCUCUCUAUCUUGUGAUCGAGUUGAUUAUAGGUUAUCACGCAAGCUUUGCAGGACACUACAAAUAUCACAGUCGUACAAUCCGCUGUAGUCUAUCAGGAGGCUCUCAAAUUGGGAUGCUACUGUACACUGCACACUGGGACACUUUCUACACAUUUACUUCUACCUACGCCUGUAUUCCACACUGCGAUAGUAUCUAAUCAAUCGACACGGUGCACAUACACCUACACCUAUACGGUAGUACACGCUAAAGUUUACUCGUCUCACUGGCGCUUUCCGUUAGACACAGUACGCACACACAUACACCUAAACCCAUACCUGUAGCACACGAUACAUUGGACUCUUCUCAAUCGAGCUUCUUGCCUUUCGAUAGACACAUUGCGCACAAGCUAAUAUACUGGUAUAUCGUCUGGAGGAGGCACGUAGCGUUGCCCUCGGAUUAGGGGUUGUCACUAUGGGGUGGUAUAGACAGAGUACGAUGCGACGAGAGAUGUACGGCAAUCGCACAGGCCAAUAUGCGCAGAAUUUGUAUGUCAAAAAAGUUGUUGAUAUGAAAACAGUGCCUGGGUGCCGGCUCGUGCCAUUGACAGAUGAGGGUCUACCGGAUCUCUUGUCGGCUUGCGCCUACUCAUCAGGAGGAUCAACGCACAAGCCGUUAUUGGCUGUAGGUGGUGAGUCGGGACACCUGUUUGUGUACAAAGAAUCGUCCAGCAUACCAUACACAACCACAGAGCUCAGUCCAGAAGAGUUGGCUACGAAGGGUAUACCACAGAAGAGCCUACCAGUUCACCGAGGGCUCGUGUUUGAUGUCAGCUGGGCGGGGAAUUCGCAUGUGCUGAGCGCAGGGGGCGACUCGACAGUGAAAUUAACAGAUGUCGAGACAGGCACCAGCAGCACAUUCAAUGGCCACAAGGGUAGCGUGCGCUCGUGUCGGUUCCAGCAGGAUUCAAGCAGUAUCUUUGUAUCAUGUUCACGAGAUGGUGCUAUCGCGCUAUGGGAUACUCGAGUCGCGUCUGCCAAAGGAAGCAAUGUGCAACCAACCCGUAUAAUAUCAGACGCGCACACUACCAAUAUGAGGACUGCAAGUGCGCAAUCUGCAUGUGGAGCAUUCUUCGCCGGGACUUCGCAAGUGAUUGUAUCCGCUGGAGUGGACGGUCUAAUCAAGCUUUGGGAUGCACGAACCAGCCACAAGGCAAGGACAAGUGGCUACGAAACAUGCAUGGGCUACAUACCUCACUACGGCGAAGGCGUCAGACCACGUGCGUAUACCAGUCUGGCUAUAAGCCAGCGAGAUGGGGACACUGUUGUGGCCAAUUGCUUGGAUCAAAGGUUGUAUGUUUUCGAGCUCUCGAGAUCGGUGAGAUACACACACAGCAGCCCGGAUACGGAGCGCAGACAUACCGCGCAACGGGAGGAUGGGCCUAUCAAUAUCUUAGCUGGUCAUGGUUUCUCCUCUUUCUACUCGAAAGCCAAUAUCAACUGUGACGACAGCCUUGUUGCUUGCGGCGGCAGGCAGGGUCAAGUGUAUCUAUAUCAGGUGUGUG